GUCAUGUCGGCCAUGUUGAAUUUGUACAAAAGGCAGGGAAAUGUCAGCUGGCGAUUGCCGUUCAUUUUAGAGUAAACUGUGAUAAAACUUAAUUAUUUGAUAUUUCCUCUCUGUGAUAGAUCAAGCAAGAUAAGAUACUGCAAAUGCCAUAGUUAGAUCUGAAUUUCAUGUGAAAAUAUGACCGAAACUGGUCAAAGGUGGCAUGCGAUUUCUCUCUUGCAUUUCUACGGGUUGUGAUGAGACAAAAUGCUGUGUAGCCUGACAAAUAACGUGUAAAUCUUGUGUUAAACUUUUCGUUAUGAUCAUAAGAUCAAUCUUGUGAUAUCAGUGCAUCCUGUGUUUGUUUUAUUUUGUUAUUUCUCCACCCCCCAAAUCGCACCUGCCCUGAGGAAACAUUAUCACCUGCUACGUGGAAUUUCGUCUACUAAAAGAGUGAUAUUUCAAAUAUAAACUUUUGUAUCAAGUGGACAAGAUGAACGGCUCGGAGUCCGGGUUCAACCCGGCUUUCAACAUUGCCACCAUCAAACAAGUGGUAAAUGAGGCGAUAGAAAGAGUAGCGCCGGUUUCAGUGCGGAUGCCGACGCCGACGCGGCUGCGCGACCUGAUCCGGCAGAUCCGGGCGGCACGGACUGCGGCGGAGGAGAGGAGUGUGGUCAACAAGGAGUGUGCGUACAUACGGUCUACCUUCCGCGAGGAGGACAGCGUUUGGAGAUGCCGCAACAUAGCCAAGCUUCUCUACAUCCACAUGCUGGGCUACCCGGCGCACUUCGGUCAGCUCGAGUGUCUCAAGCUGAUAGCCAGCCCGCGCUUCACCGACAAGCGAGUCGGCUACCUGGGCGCCAUGCUGCUGUUAGAUGAGCGACAGGAUGUGCACCUGCUUAUUACGAAUUGUUUGAAGAACGAUCUAAACAGCAACACACAAUUCGUCGUCGGCCUAGCCCUCUGCACGCUCGGGGCGAUAGCUUCACCAGAAAUGGCGCGAGACCUGGCCUCAGAAGUCGAGAGACUGAUCAAGUCCCCUAACGCGUAUAUCAAGAAGAAGGCUGCACUGUGCGCCUUCAGGAUUAUAAGACGGGUGCCGGAUUUGAUGGAGAUGUUUCUGCCGGCUACGAGGAGUUUGCUGACUGAGAAGAAUCAUGGCGUUCUUAUCACGGGCGUUACGCUUAUCACGGAGAUGUGCGAAAACAGCCCGGACACACUCAACCACUUCAAAAAGAUUGUUCCAAACCUGGUGAGGAUAUUGAAGAACCUGAUCCUGGCCGGGUAUUCCCCCGAGCACGAUGUCAGCGGCGUGUCAGAUCCAUUCCUACAGGUGAAAAUCCUCCGGCUACUCCGAAUACUAGGGAAGAACGACGCCGAAGCGUCAGAAGCCAUGAACGACAUCCUAGCACAAGUCGCCACCAACACGGAGACCAGCAAAAACGUGGGCAACACCAUUCUCUACGAGACUGUACUAUCCAUCAUGGACAUCAAGUCUGAGAGCAGUCUCAGAGUGUUGGCCAUCAACAUACUGGGACGGUUCCUGUUGAAUAAUGACAAGAAUAUAAGAUAUGUGGCGCUGAAUACGCUGUUGCGGACGGUGUAUGUGGACACGUCGGCCGUGCAGAGGCAUAGGACUACGAUUUUGGAGUGUUUAAAGGACCCAGACGUCUCCAUCCGCCGGCGCGCCAUGGAGCUGUCCUUCGCCCUAGUAAACUCCUCAAACAUGGUGGCGAUGAUGCGCGAGCUGCUUCAGUUCCUCGAGCGCUCCGAGGCCGAGUUCAAGACGGCGUGCUCCAGCGCCAUCGUGCUGGCGGCCGAGCGGCACGCGCCCACGGACAAGUGCCAUCUGGACACGCUGUUCCAGGUGUUCCUCAAGGCCGGCAACUACCUCCGCGACGACACGGUCUCCAGCACCAUACAACUCAUCUCUGCGGCGUCGGCGGAGCGGCAGGCGUACGCGGCCAUGAGACUGUGGACCGCCCUCGAGCGCGCCGCCGUCAACGCUGAUGCCACGGAUAAACAGCCACUAGUGCAGGUGGCGGCGUGGACAAUAGGAGAGUACGGGGACCUGCUGGUCUCUGAAGCCAGCAACGCCAUCUCUAUGGUCGACGACGAAGGAGUCGACGACUUCACGCGACCCUCAGAAGAGUACGUCAUCGACAUAUACCAGAAGCUGCUCUGGAACACGCAGCUGUCCAUCACCAGCAAGGAGUACCUUCUCCUGUCUCUGGCCAAGCUCUCCACUCGCUUCACCACGCAGCCCAGCCAGGAUAAAAUCCGGGGGAUCAUCGACACAUUCGGAUCGCACAUUCACAUCGAGCUGCAGCAGAGGGGCGUGGAGCUAUCACAACUGUACAGAAACUACGCGCACUUACGUCCAGCCCUCCUCGAGCGGAUGCCGCCCAUGGAGGCGCCGGCGAGCGCGGCAGAGGAGUCGCCCGCGGCCUCGCCCCACCACGAGCCCACCGCCGCCAGCCCCGACCAGGACGCGCUACUGGACCUGAUAAUCGGGUCGGAUUCACUGACGAACGGGGACGUGGAGCACAAGCCCGCGCCCACCAACAACAACACCACCAAUGACAUCCUCGACUUACUCAGCGGUCUAGAACUCAACAUGAGUCCGCCGCUGUCGGCCACGUCGCUCGCGAACAACAACGCGCCCGCGCCCACGCUCGUGGGCGACCUGCUCACUGACACUGCGCCGCAGAAACCUACUCUCACAGUGAGCGCGCUCGAAGCGAACGGCGUCUCCGUCACACUCGGCGUGAACAAACUAUCCACCGACUGUGUGCAGCUCACCAUGCGCGCCGCCUACUGCGGGCACGCGGCGCUCAGCGACUUCCUGUUCCAGUGCGCAGUGCCGCGGACGUUCCAGCUGGACAUGAUGUCGCCGUCGGGCACGGUGCUCGCGCCGCAGACGGAGAUCACGCAGGUGCUGAAGAUCACCAACCCAUCCAGGAGCCCACUCAGACUAAGAAUACGAGUGUCAUACAACAUGGACGGCGCGCCCGUGCUGGAACAAGCGGAAGUCAACAGCUUCCCCGCGGACCUGUUCAACUGACGAGUGGCCAACCCGCCCGGCUACUGCCUGUAGCCACGCGCGGCCAUUGGCUCCCGCCAGCCGCAAGCCACGCCCCCCGCCACGAGCGCCCAAUCGCUACACUCGCCGCUCUGUAUGAAAACAACCAAUAGAGAACCAACAUUGAAAUCGAUAACAACUUCCGGCGAAAUACGUUGAGUUUGAAUAAAUAUUCUGUAAACUUUACACGGGUUGUAUGAAAUGCAAAUGAAAUGUAAUAUCAGUCAAUGAUGUAUUGUUUUCUAUGUGAAAUGUAUGUAUGUAUUGUAUAAAGAUGCUAUGGAUAAUUGAGAGAUAAUUGAAAUUGAAAAAGACAUUUACAAUAUAUUUUAUGGUACUUCUAAAUUGGACUGCUUAUACUGGUUUGUUUGGUUCGAUAUCCACGACUGAAUUUCUAUAGCUAGAGAUUUUAACUUAACCUUAACAGCAAUAAUGAAUACUUCAUACUAAUUUAUAUUGUCCAAGCAAUCAAUCUCUUUCUAGAGAUUUGUUUAACAUUCCAAUCUUUAGCUUGUAAAAAUAAUUUAGAUAAAUGUUGAAAAUUUUGAUUUCCACAAUGAAAUAUUAAUCCAGUAUUAAUUCAAUCUCAAUCCACACCUUUGUAAAUUUAUUCCUGGAAUGAGUAAUAUAUUAUUGAGAUUGUCAAAACUGUAACAUAAAUGUAUAGUAAAGAUGGGAGUAGAACGGAUUGUACUUAAGAAGGAAAUCACUAUAUUAUAGUUAUUAUUAACGAGUGAUAACGCACCUAGAGUAACGUUAAAAGUCAAGAUCUCACCCCAGUUUUUGUUGCGCUUGUGAAGAACCUUUUAGCUAGGAUGCAAUUAAAUAAACUCAUAUAAUCCCUAUCUUACAUUUUUUCAUACAAUAACUAAGCCAAUUCAUGAAUUUCUAUGCCACAAUUUAAUCGCCAAAAAGAACAAAUCUUUCACUUGUAUAUUGGAAAAUUAAUCAAGUCUCUCUUACGUUAACAACAAGCCUUCAAUAACAGGGGUGACAUAAAAUAGUCGUACGGAAGUGAAACAUUAUUUAUUAAAAGAAUUUAGGGAAAUAUUAAAAGUAAUAGAUUUAUCGCUAUAGCCGUUUAUUUCCUCUGCAUUUUUAAGUUACAUCCUGUUGCACCAUGUCCAUGCUUGUGGCAGUUUUAUACAAUGUGUAAAAGUAAUUCUCCCGAUAAUUUACCUCCCAUACGAAAACAGCAAUGGAGGUUGAAAUUAAAAAACCUGUUCCAACGUUGAUGGUUCAAUUGAUCGUCAGAUCAUGUGGCUGACUUUUGGGAGCAUUUAAUUAACACUCCUAUUAUAUGAAAGGAUCUAGUUCCUGCAUCUUGUCCGGACAUUGUGACAUAGGAUGUAUGAGUAUGUAGGUAUAAUAAUGAGAUUUGUUAACGACAACAAUUCAUUUAAGUUUUUCAGUUAAUAGUUAUGGUGCCUUAAUAGAGAGUGGGGGAAGGGGUCUUGUUUCAGACUUUGUAGUCCCCGUGAAGUUAGAUUCAGUAGGCACACAUACAACCUGAAAGUCUUAUUACUGUAACAAGUUAGAAUAGUGCCUAAUGUUCCUUACUAACAAUGGAGGAGUUUAUUAUCAACUUGUAAAUAUAUUUACAGCCAUCACCCUGUCUAUCACUGUUAUAACUAGACUUUUCAUUUUAACACCUAGAUAUCCUUAGGCACUUUAUUUAGUUUUAUCCUCGACAUAUUAUAUUAUUUACUUUAGAUUUAAAUAUCACUUCUUUGUUUUUGUUUUUAUACAUAGGAAGGAGCCACAGUAGAUAUGCACAUCCUAAAGUGUUAUCGUAGUUUCCAAGAUCGAGCUAAGUAUGAUCACUAUCAUGUUAUUAUUUCCAUUUUCUAUGUAUAAGAGAGCUUGGCAAAAUUUUAUAUCGUAUUUGGUGCUUGUUUUUAUCGUAUCUCUGAUUAUAAUAGAAUGCCCUCCACACUGAGAUGUUAUGGUUUUGUGUAUAACUAAAGCUAUGCGAAAGAUGUACAUAUUGAUUAUAAUGAUUUUAUGUAAAGUGGUUAAUAAAUAUUUGAAAAUGUUUAUAUAAUCAAAA